UUCGUUGGGCCCUCACGGGGGUGGCCCUGGCACCUGCCCAGUUUGCAGAUAACCCCCGCGGUGAGAACCCUGUUGGUAAAACCGCCCCCACCGCGGAAAUGCCAGGGAGACUUGGGCCUUGGACCCUGACUGUAGAUCGCGGUUGGCAAAGGAAGCAGGUGUCAAUAGAGGAGCCUUCCCUACCCAUGCUGGGCCAUCGGCCCCCACAGCUCUUACAUCCGGGGGCCCUUUGCAGGAGCGUCCCAGUGCUCCUUGGCUCCCAUGGUAGCUCAUGGGGAGGAGGAUGGCCUGUGAUGAACCUGGGAUACAGGCAGUUUAGGGGAAUUGGGUCUUCCCUUUCCUUGCACGAUUGGUCCCUGGUUAGUACUCUCUGGGUCCCUUUUUUACAUUUAAUUUACAUACACUCGAUAUGAUACAGUGACACAGCUGAACCGUUGCAGCGCUUUAGCGUAGAUGCUGCCUAAGCCAAUGGGAGGGUCUUUUCUUGGCUGUAGGUAAUCCAUUUCCCUAAGAGGCAGUAGCAAGUUCUUCUGUUGAUUUAGUGCUGUCUAAAUGGGGAUUUAGGUCAGCUUAACUAUUCAACUCACGGAUGUGGAUUUUUCACACCCCUGAGUGAAGUAGUUAGGCUGACUUAAUUUUCUGGUGCACUCCGGGCCUAACAGCUGCCUCACUCUUGCAAGACUGAAUUGGUUAGGGUGUGAUGAUAAAAACUGGAAUCCUCAUUAAUUUGCAGCUGAAUGAAGGGAAGAGGAAACUUCCUCGUCCCAAAAAGAGAGAAAUUGAAGUCCUCAAUUAAGAGGCAUGGGUAUAAAGAGGAAUGGUUUUGGAGUAGGGCGUGGAGACAAAAGGUGAGGAGUGGAGGGGUAUAUGGGGGAAUGGCUUCUUGCUGAAAAUACAGUCAGGUAGGCUCUGAUUCUGCAAACGCUUAUGCAUGUGCUUAACUUUACUACCCUGAGUAACUUCAUUGAUUUCACUGGGACUACUCACAGUAGUAAAGUUAACCACAUUUGCAGGAUCUAGUAGAUCAUUUUUAUACCUUUUGAUUCAUCCUCUCUUGUAACACUGUGCUUUCUCUUCUUUUAAAAACUGAUGAUAGAAGUGAUUUUUUAAAAAUCUGUUUGAAAGAAAAUUCGUAGGAAGUAUUUCUUACCAUUGUCAGAAGUCAAAAAGAAAACGAAUUUGAUCAAAUUAACAACAUUCUGAUGCUGUUACUUCGUAAUAUUCUUUGUAUAAACUUCAGAGUUAAGAAAUGCUUCCAGGUGUGGAGAGACAAGUCAGAAUUGCUGAUAUAAUUGUCAGUGAUCAGUUUCUGAAAUGAGUGGUCAUUCACUUGCCUUCUCAUUGCAAUCUUAUUCAAGUAUGAUGAUUGUAGUUUUAUACUUUAAUUUUGGAAUUUGUCUUAAUAUGUGGUAUGAGUUACUAGCACGCUAUAUGUGUGUGUGUGUGUAUCUAUAUGUUUGUUCCACAUUUUAAAAUAUGUAUUCAGAAGACCCUUUUGGAUGUACAAAUGGACUUUGAUUUCCUGAUUGUAUAGCUGUUCCCUAAUUUUUUUUUCUGCUUGUCAGUAAGGCCAUGUGCCUGUCUCAGCGGUCACUACAUAGAACACUUGACAGCAGAAACUCUGUAUCUGCUCCUGCACUUCUUUCUGGCAGAGCAGCCAACUUGAAAAACGCCUGCAUAGUUCUGUGCUAAUGGAGUUUAAGAACUGUGGUUGGUAUGGAUUAUAGUAUUGCAGUGCUGCAUAUUUACGUAGGCACUAGGUUCAGAAUGUGAUUCUAUAGAUAAUUCUAAAAUCUGGCUCCGUGUUACAGUAAGACUGGCGAAAUAAAUCUGUGCAAUAUCUUAAAACUUAUAUUCUGAAUUAAUACAUAUACAGUCACUGGUUUAUAUAUUAGUUACAUAUAAAAUGACAUAUAAAGAGCUAAUUGUAUAAACUUUGUUAUAAUGUGGAUUUUAUUGGAAAAAAUGUUUGAAGACUGUUUACUUUUGAGUACCCAAGUUAAUAUACAACACAAAAAACAACAGUUACAAGCAUACACUGGUUUAUAGCAUAAAGUUUGAAAAUAAACAUAACUUCUAUAAACUUCAGUUCUGUAUGAAUAAAUAUUUUUAAGAAAAUGUACGUUAUCUCACAGUCUUUUCCUGAUCACCAUACCAUUGCCUAUUCUCAUUCUUGUUCAUUCCUCGCUCUCCUCAAAAGGAUUGACUUAAGGGUUCUCUCACUUUCCUUGUGUUUGUGAGUUGGAGCCAGGAACAGUGAAAAAUUGAUUCUUUCACUUUAUUUUUUCAAGUGAGGAGGUGGUUUUCUUUUCCUCCUCUCCGCAAAGCAUACGGAUAUGGAUGUGAGGCCUGAAGCUACCAUCUCCACCUAUGGUGCUCCUGUGAGCCCCUACUGGCCAAUGACCAGGAAAUCAUAUUGCAUAAGAAACCUGUAGGAGAGGAGGGAAGGAGGUGCAUUGCUGUUAGCUUUUAUGGAGGCAUGAGGGAUAAAUCUGGGCAGUUUUGUUCCAUCUUUAUUUGAAGACCUCAUUUAUUAAGUAAAUUAUUUUUUUCAGUCACUUAAGUCGUCACUUAAGACAAAUGUCAGUGUAAUCAUAAAAUGUAAGAUACUGAGGGAAGAUAAGUUAGACAACUUAUCCCUGUUGUAUUUUUCCUUGUAACUAAAUGUAACAGGUUUAGGGCGAAAAAAGAUUUAUGUAAACAUCCAAGUCUUAAGAAGUCAGGAAAAAUAAAAAAGAAAACACAAAGCAUUUAUAUAAAACAAAUGCGGCAUUCAAAACGAAGUCAUUGCUCUGAGUGGGAUGAUAGAAAAAGCUGGGAUCAAGGAAAGCACAGUGCUCCCCAUAAAUGCAAAAAGAGGUCCCACAGCAGUGUACAAGAAAGCAAACCCUAUAAAUCACAUCAUCUUGAAGUUUCAGACAGUCAUUAUUUGGACGAUAGAUCCAUAAGUGAGAGAGAUCAUCACGACCGGAGAUAUGUUGAGGAAUACAGAAAUGACUUCUGUGAAGUAUAUGACCACAGGCAUUAUCACAGAGGCUAUGAAAAGAGUCACCAUCACCACUAUAGCAGAUCCUCUGGUCGGGGCAGGAAAAGUAGUCACAAAAGGAAGCAUAAGAGACGACAUUGCUCCAGUCACCAUUCACAUUCGAAGAGUCACCGAAGGAAAGGAUCCAGGAGUGUAGAGGAUGAUGAGGAGGGUCACCUGGUCUGUGAAAGUGGAGACGUACUAAGAGCAAGAUAUGAAAUUAUUGCCACAUUAGGGGAAGGAGCAUUUGGAAAAGUAGUGGAAUGCAUUGAUCACAAUAUGAGAGGAAUGCAUGUAGCAGUUAAAAUUGUGAAAAAUGUUAGUAGAUACCGUGAGGCAGCCCGUUCAGAAAUACAGGUAUUGGAGUAUUUAAACACCAUGGAUCCCAGCAGCAUGUUCCGCUGUGUCCAGAUGCUGGAAUGGUUUGAUCAUCAUGGUCAUGUUUGCAUUGUGUUUGAGCUGCUGGGACUUAGUACCUAUGACUUUAUUAAAGAAAACAGCUUUUUGCCAUUUCAUAUUAAUGACAUUAGACAGAUGGCAUAUCAGAUUUGCCAGUCUGUAAAUUUUUUGCAUCAUAAUAAGUUGACUCAUACAGAUCUGAAGCCUGAAAAUAUUUUGUUUGUGGAGUCUGACUACGUAGUAAAGUACAACUCUAAAAUGAAGCGGGAUGAACGCACACUAAAAAAUACAGACAUCAAAGUUGUAGAUUUUGGAAGCGCAACUUUUGAUAAUGAACAUCACAGCACUUUAGUGUCUACAAGACAUUACAGAGCUCCUGAAGUUAUUUUAGCGCUGGGGUGGUCACAGCCCUGUGAUGUUUGGAGUAUAGGUUGCAUUCUAAUUGAAUAUUACCUUGGUCUUACGGUAUUUCAGACACAUGAUAGUAAAGAACACUUGGCAAUGAUGGAGAGAAUGUUAGGACCUCUACCAACUCACAUGAUUAAGAAAUCAAGAAAAUGCUAUUUUCAGCAUGAUCAAUUGGACUGGGAUGAACAUAGUUCUGCAGGUCGAUAUGUUAGGAGACGCUGUAAACCAUUAAAGGAAUUAAUGCAUUGUCAUGACUCAGAUCAUCAGAAUCUAUUUGACCUUGUUCGCAGAAUGUUGGAAUAUGAUCCAGCCAAAAGAAUUACUCUUGAUGAAGCCUUGCAGCAUCCUUUCUUUGACUUAUUAAAAAAUAAAUAAAUCAGAAAUCUUAUAUAUUUCUCUGAGAAGACUACAUAGACUGUGUCAGUUAACAGAGCUAGCAUGAGAUUUUUGUAAACUUUAAUUUAUUUUGUACAGUUAAGUUUAAAUAUGUCCAUAUGUUUUGUAUCACUGCCAUGUUUAUCUUGUUGGUCAGUCAUGGUUUUAAUCAUGGAUACCAAAAUGUAAAAAUGAAAAGUAACAACUAUUUUGAAA